UUCACGCAAUUUUUGUCUGUUCGAUCACUCUCCUUCCUUCCUUUCUCGUUUUUGCUCACAGUUUAGGGUACAUGAUACGUCACGCCUCGUUAACCUGCAACAAAUCCCCCAACAAUGCAGAUGUCCAGAAGGCCCAUAAAUCCUUCCCGACGCGCAUCCGAGAGUGGGAAGACACCCCAAUCUGUCUUCUUCAUUCAUUCCAGAUCGCGCUCCCGCCCUUACCUAUCAAUUGCGGCCGUCGUUCUGGGAGCAUUCCUUCUUAUCGGUUAUCUGUAUCGCGGGAAAGGUACUCUGCAAAACAGUAGAGCAAUCAGUUGGGUACAAGGCGAUUUUUCAUGCCACGAUGAAGUUCUACGCGCGAUUCCAAUUUUAAAAGAAGCAUACGGCGAUAGCAUGCAUAAGGUGCUCCAUGUAGGCCCUGAUACAUGCUCGGUUACCUCUGCAUUGUCGAAAGAAGAAGAGACAGAAGCUUGGGGCGUGGAGCCUUACGACAUAGAAGAUGCUGAUCUAACUUGCAGGACUUUAGUGCACAGAGGAAUUGUUCGUGUCGCAGACAUUACAUUCCCUCUUCCCUACAGAGCAAAGUCAUUCCUCCUCGCCAUUGUCUCCGAUGCACUGGAUUACUUGUCUCCUAAGUAUCUCAACAGAACCAUCCCUGAAAUGGCAAGAAUGUCGUCGACAGGCCUCGUCAUCUUCACAAGAUAUCCGCGGCAUCAAAGAUCCAAAGAAGCCGAAAAAGACAGGGGUGGACACAAGUUUAAGUCGAGAAACUCGACUUGGUGGACGACGUAUUUCGCGGAGUUAAGCCUGGAAGAAAAUGAAACAGCUGCCAAGAAGUUCCAGAAGGCUUCAGAGAAACUAGCAUUCAUUCGCAUUUGCAUUCUUUGAAGAAUCUCUAAUUUUGCCUUCAAUCGAGUGCUAUCCUUUCGGACGCCCAUGCCGACUACAAUAGCUCAUGAUUUCUGAAAUCUCUGGGAACACACGCAAC